CGCAAGAUCAAUGGUGCUGGUGUGGGCCUUCUUUGCUGUCAUCUUCCUGGCCUCCUACACUGCCAACCUGGCUGCAUUCAUGAUCCAGGAGGAGUACAUCGACACGGUGUCAGGGCUGUCGGAUAAGAAGUUCCAGCAGCCGACGGAGCAGUACCCUCCGCUGCGUUUCGGAACAGUGCCAAACGGGAGCACGGAGGAGAACAUCCGCUCCAACUAUCCCAACAUGCACCAGUAUAUGAUCCGCAACAAUCAGAAGGGGGUCGAGGAGGCCAUCGAAAACCUCAAGACCGGGAAGCUGGAUGCCUUCAUUUAUGAUGCUGCUGUGCUGAACUACAUGGCCAGAAAGGAUGAGGGCUGCAAGGUGAUGACUAUCGGCUCAGGGAAGGUGUUUGCCACCACGGGCUAUGGCAUCGCCCUGCACAAGAACUCCCGCUGGAAACGACCGCUGGACCUGGCCCUGCUGCAGCUAGUUGGAGACGAAGCGAUUGAUAUGCUGAAUAUUGCUGCUGCUCGGAGUAUCUCUGAGG